UGUGGAUUCGGCGCCGCUGGGAGGCGGCGAGCCAGUGGCGUGCGACUCCGAGGACGUGCUGUACCUCGGGGGCGCGGGCGCCGCAGGCCCCCUGGCCGGCUUGUUCGGCGGGGGCGCCGCCGGGCUGCUCGGCGGCGCCGGCGGCGCUGGCCCACUGGACGGGCUGUUCGGCGGCGGCGGCGGCGCCAACGGCGCGGGGGGGCUGGAGGCGAUGUUGGCCAGCGCGAUGGAGCAGGCCGCGCAGAUGGGCCAGGCGUGGCAGGAGAACUUGCAGAGCAUCGAGCUCAAGAUCAGGUGCGUGAUGCCAGCGCGGGGGCGGCUGCCGGAGAAGCGCUGCGAGCUCACGGUCUCGGCCGUGGCGCGGGUGGCCGAGGUCCUGGAGAUGGCCGUACUGGAGCUCUCCGCCGAGGGCCAGGAGCUGGGGCUCGAGUUCGCCGGGGAGCCGCUGCCCGCCGUCGCGCAGGUGCACAUGCUGGGCCUGCGGGACGGCGACACGGUGCUGGUGGUGCCCCCCAGGGUGGCUGCCGCGAGCUCGCCCUGACGAGGCCUCCUCCCCUGCCCUCCCUCCUUCCGCCUUCCUCCUCCUCCGCAACGCCGUAUGUUGGCGUUGUUGUCCAUUUCCAAG